AUGCUAACUCCUCCUAGUACUCCAUCCAAGGUUAGAGUGAUGGAGAUGGACAACCAGAAACCAGUUAAGAAAGUCAACUUACUCAGUACACCACCAGCCACUCCCACCAAGAGUCCGGCCAGACUUAACAAGACCAAUGUGUAUUCCAAAGCAAAAGCAUUAUUUCAACGGGGGUAUAACGGAGACUCGGAUAACAGCACUUUGAUUGGACGGGUGAAUGAAGGCAGUGAACUCAAUAAGUUUCUUAGUGACAACAUAACCAAUAACACCUGUAACAGUCUUUAUAUUUCGGGACCACCAGGAACUGGUAAAACUGCCCAGGUCAAUUUAUCAUUUGCUAAACUUGACCAAAAAAACACCAAAGUGCUAAAAAUCAAUUGCAUGACCAUGACUAAACCAGAACACAUUUUCCAUGAGAUAUAUUGUGGUAUAACGAACACCCAUUCGGCGGACUAUCAUAAACGUAAGACCUUUGAUGAUCUUAGCCAUUUACUUACCGAUAAACAAUCUUACAAAUCUGUUGUUAUAUUACUUGAUGAAAUGGAUUAUCUUAUCACCAAAGAUCAACAGAUUUUAUUUCAAUUAUUCAAUUGUGCAUCUACUCGUAAAUCCCAUUUGUUUAAAACCAAAUUGAUUCUUAUUGGUAUUUCCAAUGCUCUUGAUCUUACUGAUAAAUUUUUACCCCGUCUUAAAUCAAACGGUCUCAAUCCUCAAUCGCUUGUUUUCUUACCUUAUACAUCUGAUCAGAUUAAACAAGUGAUAAUUUCAAAAUUGAAAUCAUUAAUAGAAGAUAAAGAAAAUAUGGCAGAUUCUUCAUUUAUUCCAAUCAUCCAUCCAGUUGCUAUUCAACUUUGUUGUAAAAAAGCUGCUAGUGUCACCGGGGAUUUACGUAAAAGUUUUGAUAUUUGUUAUAAAGGGAUUGAAAUGGUUGAAAAUUCAAUUAAAACUAAAAAUGAUGUCAAUCUUAAUGAAUUAACUUUUUAUAACGCUCCAAAAGUAACAAUUAGUAAUAUUGCUUCCAUUUGCACUUCUUCAUUUGGUGCUGGCUCAAUGACUAAGUUAAACAAUUUAAAUCUUUUCCAAAAAGCAGUUUUAUCUACUUUAAUGAAUCUUCAAGCCCGUCAAGUAUCUCCUUCUCCAUUCAACAGAAAAGAUUUCAACGUGAACUCUUUUUACGAUUUUUACCUCAAACACAUGGAAAAAGCAGUUGGUAACCUCCUUGGAAUUUGUAAAAAAGGUGAAUUCCUAGAAAUUAUUAGUACUUUAGAGGCCAACUCGGUCAUUGUUUUGAGUAAUACUGGCUCUAAUAUUGAACUUGGUAAUAGAAUUAUCAAAUCCAAUGUCCCUUGGGACGAUAUCGAGAAAAGUAUUGGCGAAAUAGGCGUCUUGAAAAAACUACUUCAUUAUAAAUAUUAA